GUGAACACAAGAGGACAUUUUAAGAUACAGAGCUGCAGUGCCUUUGGGGAAGAUUGCAUCCCAUUCUCUGGAUAUCGGACACAAGUGCUCUCUAUGGCUCUUCAGGUCCUGGGAAUCACUCUGUCAAUGAUUGGCUUUGUAGGAACUAUUAUCAUCUGUGCCCUGCCCAUGUGGAAGGUGACCGCCUUUAUCGGCACAAACAUCGUAGUGGCGCAGGUCUUCUGGGAAGGACUGUGGAUGACAUGUGUGCACGAGCGCACUGGUCAGAUGCAGUGUAAGCUGUAUGAUGCCCUGCUGGAUCUGGACCCUCACCUGCAGGCAGCACGUGGGCUAGUGGUUACCACCAUGGCUUUGGCCUGCCUGGCUUUCCUCAUCUUCCUGGUUGGGGCUGAUUGUACUAACUGCCUAAGUAACCCUCGUGCCAAAGCUCGGAUUGUAGUGGUGUCUGGGGUUACCUUUAUGCUUUCUGGACUGACUACUUUGGCGCCUGUGUCCUGGACGGCCGACUCCAUUAUCAGAGACUUUUAUAAUCCCAUAGUGCACGAGGCAUUAAAGAGAGAGAUGGGAGCGGCUAUCUAUGUGGGCUGGUUAACAGCAGGGUUUCUGUUUGUUGGUGGAGUGAUACUCUGCACAAGCUGUCCACCAGAGCGAGUCAACUAUUCACCAAGAUAUACCUUAACAAAGUCAGGCACCCACAGCAGCUAUGCCAUAAAGAACUAUGUUUGAUAAACAGUACAUGCCACUGAGCUAGAGAUUAUGAGAUCAAGUUUGCAAUGACUAUUCAUCUCCUACAAUCUGGAAACAUGAAAGCUAACUGUAAAACAAAAAGGAAAAAAAAAAAGGAAAAUUGUCAUGUAACCUUAAAAUGUGGUUACAAAUUAACUGGUUUUCCUCAAUAUUUUCAAAAACAUAAUUUUAUAUGAUUUAAUCUAGGGGUUGGGAACCUUUUUCCUAUUAAGCGCCAUUUGUGUAUUUAUAAAAUUAUUCACACGCCAUAAAAUUGCUUGCAAUUGUUGUGGAAUAUUGAAGUCUCUUUCCCUCUCAGCAAAAAAACUCUCGAAGUCCAGGGGUUCCAGGUGUCAAAGGUUAGACUUUAUUGAGCAAAACAACAAAGCCGAGGUGCCAGCUGUAUCGUCCAAUCCCCUCAUUCAAAACUUACUUGUUUAUACACUUCUGUUAUCACACAUUACCUCAUAAGCACACCUCUCUUUGACAUUUUAGCCAAAAAGCAUGCUUUUCCAUUAUCUUUGUUCGCCACCGUUAUCUCACAUACUCUCUGGCUUCUUUUUAAUGGUGGAAUUAGCUUAUUUUAAAAAAAGAACUUUUAAAUUCAUUUAUUAUGAAAGUAUACAUUCUAAGUAAAUAGAAUAUAACAGUCUAAGGGUGUGUUCACACUUGUAGUUUGGUUCUCUUGGUCCUCUUGGUCCGGACCAAAAAAGAAAAUAAUUCAUUUAGUCCUGGUUCGCUUAGUGUUCACACUGGCAUUUUUAACAUCGAACCUAAAGAUACGAAACAAAAGACACCAGGAAAAAGUCACAAUCUGACUGGACAGCUUUUAUGACGUAUAUUUUGCGACGGAACUUUCCCAACAUCCAGAACAAUGCUGGCUGCUGGGCAAAAUGCGCUCGUUAGAUUUAUACAUGUAUAUAUGGUGGUAUUUUUACAAGCGGAAAACAAAUGAAGAGCUAAUAAAAUGUGUAAAGGAGUCAAAACAGCACCAGGAAUUCCUCCGUUGCACACACAAAUGAAGAUAUGCUGCAAGGACGGCUGAUGGCGGUUCCAACGCCUGUAUAUACCGAACUAUAAUGGGCAACAUAACUCCUAUGAUGAGAAGAAACAGGUAUGCUUGAGGUCAGUAUUAGGCAAAUUACUUCCUGUUUUUGGUCUGUUUAGAUGUCUUUGGUCCAUGUUGCGUUCAUAUAUCAGUCGAACUGCACCAGAGUUUGUUUGGAAGCAGACCGAGACCCACUAUUCAGGCGGUCUCUGUCCGCUUGUUUGGUGCGCACCAAGAUUCGGAUGGCAGCGUUCACACUUGUUCAAAUGAACCGCACUAACAGAGCAAUCACACCAGAGUUCGUUUUAAUCGAACCAAACCUGCCAAGUGUGAACACACCAUAAUAAAAUAACUUGGCUAUUGGCUUAUGCCAUUCAGUGCUUUGAAGAGUAUUUUCUGUCAUGGCUGAG